UUUCUGUACCCGUUUCUACGGUGACCAUUCAGCACCGCAUCCGGUUGGCGGAGCCGCUAUGACGUCAAAGUGAUAUCGGGAAUUCCUCUCCCUGUAGGGUGCCUUUUGGUGUGACGGCGAACCGGAGCCUCUCAGACGCUGCCGGGAGGAAGCGUCACGUACAUUGUACACGUGAGGUGAGCCGUCAACUUCACCGUGUGUUUCCUGCUCAUGUCUUCAUCUCCUCCGCGCAGGACCGCGACGAGACGUGUCCGCGGGAUUGUGACAAACUUGUUUAGAUGACAUGAAGUUAGACUGAGAGACAACAUGGUCAACUGCAUCUUCAUCUUCAUCUUCUGCAUUUCCUGCUCAUAAACACAACAUUUGAGAGCUGCACUGCUGCUGAGGCCGGCUGAAUGUCUGCCAUGUUUCCUGAUGCCUUGGAAGCAGCAGGGCGUGUGGAGGGUCUGCCUCUGUCCUCCCCGCAGCCUCUUCCAGAGAUCGAGGAGGAGGAAUCAGGCGAGAGGGGGCCUAAGAGAAGAGGCCGCUACCGGCAAAGCCUGCAGCUUCUGAAGCCCUUCAGGAUAACACACAAGCACCAGCACCCAGUCGAUAAUGCCGGCCUCUUCUCAUUUAUGACUCUUCACUGGCUCUCCCCGCUGGCACUGAAAGCCUACAGGACGUCCAGCUUGUCUAUAGAUGAUGUUUGGGGACUGUCUUGCCACGAAGCCUCUGAAAUCAACUGCCAAAGGCUCGAAACUUUGUGGCAUGAUGAGCUCAAAAGACGAGGGAGAGAAGAGGCUUCGCUGACAAGAGUCUUCUGGAGGUUCUGCCAAACCCGCAUGUUGGUGGCCGUCUUUUCCCUCCUCCUAACAAUGGUGGCAGGCUUCGUUGGGCCGGCUCUCCUGGUGCGAGCUCUGCUGGAGUAUUCCCAGAGCUCGGUGAGCCACGUGCUGUACGGCCUGUCUCUGGUAGCCGGGAUCUUCCUCAUGGAGUUGAUGCGCUCCUGGUCUCUGGCGCUCAUGUGGGCCGUCAACUACCGCACUGCUGCACGCCUUCGAGGGGCAGCUCUCACUUUUGCCUUCAAUAAGAUCCUCCGCCUACGCAGCACUAAAGACAUCGGUCCAGGAGAGCUGAUCAACAUCUGCUCCAGUGAUGGCCAGCGGCUGCAUGAAGCGGUAUCAGUGGGCUGCCUGCUGGCUGGGGGGCCCCUGGUGGGGAUACUGGGUCUGUCCUACACUGCAUACUUCCUGGGCCCCACUGCUCUAAUAGGGUCGGCCGUUUUCAUCCUUUUCUACCCUGUCAUGAUGCUCGCCUCGAGAUUGACAGCAUAUUUCCGCAAGAAGUGCGUGGUGGUGACUGACCGACGCGUGAGGCUGAUGAACGAGAUCUUGGGCUGCAUAAAGUUCAUCAAGAUGUAUUGUUGGGAAGACGCCUUUGCUCAGAAUAUUCACAAGGUGAGAUCAGAGGAGAGGGGGAUAUUGGAGAGAGCUGGCGUCGUCCAGAGCCUCACAGUGGGCGUGGCUCCCAUCAUCGUGGUGAUAGCAAGCGCGUGCACUUUCACCCUGCAUAUGGCUUUGGGUUAUGACCUUACUGCAGCUGAGGCUUUCACCGUGGUUGCAGUUUUCAACUCCAUGACGUUUGCCCUGAAAGUCACACCCCUGGCUGUGAGGUCGCUCUCUGAGGGUGCUGUCGCAGUCAAACGAUUUCAGAGGCUCUUUAUGAUGGAUGACAGAGAGGUGGUAUUGGUCAAAAUGGAUGAUCCCGGCAAUGCAGUGGAAUUUCAGGACGCCACGCUAGCUUGGGAAAAGGCUCGACCUCCAUCUGCAAAACCCACCCAGCCCCCCAAGAAGGGAAGAGGGAUGAAGCGCGUGCUGCGCAGGGAGAAACUUAGACUUUACAUCUCCACUGACGACGGCAAAGGAAACAAGGGUCCUACCGCGCAAAGUCUCCUCACAAAUAUGGAGCAGGAGAGCCCACAAAGCACCAUCUCCUCCACUCAAAGCAUGCGACCUCCAUUGCAUAAGACCUUGCACCGCAUUGACCUGCGCGUUAAGACGGGUUCACUGGUUGGCAUCUGUGGAGGUGUGGGUAGUGGAAAAAGCUCUCUUCUGUCAGCUCUACUGGGACAGAUGACUCUAUUAGAAGGAAAUGUAGCAGCCAGUGGUGGCUUUGCUUAUGUCUCACAACAAGCCUGGAUCCUUAAUCACUCACUAAAGGAGAACAUCCUUUUUGGAAAUGAGUUCAACCAAGACAAUUAUCAUGCUGUGCUGGAGGCCUGCUGUCUUCUCCCAGAUCUGGCAGAACUUCCAUAUGGAGACAUGACUGAGAUUGGAGAGAGAGGUGCCAACCUCAGUGGAGGGCAGCGUCAGAGAGUUAGCCUGGCUCGUGCUCUCUACAGUAAACGGCCCAUACUUCUCCUAGAUGACCCUCUCAGUGCUGUUGAUGCUUGUGUGGGCCACCAUGUCUUCCAUAAAGCUAUAAGGGGUAUCGCCAAAGGCAAAACCAUUCUCUUUGUUACCCAUCAACUGCAGGUAAGGUCUGACCAUGUCAUUCUGAUGAAGGAUGGGCAGAUUUCCGAGAGCGGCACCCAUGCUCAGCUAAUGGCCAAAGAGCGUGACUAUGCCACCCUGUUCAACAGCAUGCAACAGGAGAAUCUGGUGAAAGAGAAUUUAAAAAACAAACAGAAGAGUGUGGUUGCAGAAAAGACUGACAAUGCUGCGUAUGUCUCCAAAGUUGGACCAAAGGUGGAGAGCAACAAAGGAAAUCAACUGAUGAAAGCUGAAGAGAAAGGCUCAGGUGCAGUCGCCUGGUCUGUGUACGGUGCCUACAUCAAAGCAGCAGGAGGGCCAAUCAUCUUCAUCAUCAACAUCUUCCUCUUCCUCUCCACCACAGGCAGCAUAGCCUUCAGUAACUGGUGGCUGAGUCACUGGAUCAAGCAGGGCAGUGGGAACACAUCAUCAAUCUUGGUGAAUGAAACGAUGGCGAGCAGCAGCAUGAGACUCAACCCGCACAUUCAGUAUUAUUCUGCUGUUUACAUUGCAUCAAUGGGAGCUGCUUUACUGCUGAAGACAAUGAGGGGCCUGGUGUUUGUGAAGUGCACCGUGAAGGCUUCCUCCGUGCUCCACGACAAGCUGUUCCGCAGGAUCCUGCUCAGCCCCAUGCACUUCUUUGAUACAACACCUCUGGGCCGCAUCCUGACCCGCUUCUCCAGGGACAUGGACGAGGUUGACGUGCGUCUCACCAUGCAAGCUGAAAUGCUGCUGCAGAACCUGACCCUGGUGCUGUUUUGCUUGGGGAUGUUAGGCAUCGUCUUCCCCUGGUUCCUCAUCUCCAUCAUUCCUCUGGGAGCCUUCCUCUGCAUCGUCAACCGUGUCGCAAGGGUUUUGAUACGUGAACUGAAGCGCUUGGAGAACAUCAGCCAAUCACCAUUCACCUCUCACAUCACCAGCAGUCUGCAGGGACUCUCCACAAUCCACGCCUACGGAAGGGGGCAAGACUUCCUCCAAAGAUAUCAGGAAUUACUCGACACAAACCAGGCCUCAAACUACCUCUUCAGCUGUUCCAUGCGCUGGAUGGCUGUCCGCCUGGACCUCAUCAGCAUCUCGCUUAUCACUGCUGUAGCACUUCUUAUUGUCUUCAUGCACAAUCAGAUACCUCCAGCUUACGCAGGCCUGGCCAUUUCCUACGCAGUGCAGCUGACCGGCUUGUUUCAGUUCACGGUGCGUCUCCUCACAGAGACUGAAGCUCGGUUUACAUCAGUGGAGAGGAUCAAUCAUUAUAUAAAGACUCUGGAGAGAGAAGCACCUCGACAGAGUCCUGAGGCAGCUGCUCCUGCCCCCUCUUGGCCUCAGCAGGGACAGCUCACCUUCCAGGAUGUGGACAUGCGUUAUCGUGAUGAUCUGCCGCUUGUGCUUAAGAAUCUGUCCUUUACCAUUCUGCCUGAAGAGACCAUCGGCAUUGUGGGCCGCACAGGAUCAGGAAAGUCCUCCCUGGGUGUAGCUCUGUUCAGACUGGUGGAGCCGACAGGAGGCUCUAUAACCAUUGAUGGAAUCAAUAUUGCACAGAUUGGACUGGAUGACCUGCGGAGCAAGCUAGCCAUCAUUCCUCAGGAACCGGUGCUCUUUAUCGGAACAGUCAGGAGUAAUUUAGACCCGUGGGAUCACUACUCUGAUUCCCAGAUAUGGGACGCUCUUGAGGAGACACAUAUUAAAGAGAUGGUCAGCCAGCUUCCUCAUUCACUCCAAUCAGAGGUGACAGAGAACGGGGAGAACUUCUCAGUGGGAGAACGACAGCUUCUCUGUGUGGCCAGAGCCCUGCUGAGAAACAGCAAGAUUCUGAUUUUGGACGAGGCAACAGCAGCCAUCGACACUGAGACCGACCGUCUCAUUCAGGAGACCAUUAGCUCCGCCUUUGGCCGCUGCACCACCCUCAUCAUUGCCCAUCGUCUCAACACGGUGAUGAACUGCAGCAGGGUCAUGGUCCUGGACAACGGCCAGAUUUUGGAGUUUGACAGUCCCGCUGCGUUGCUAGCAGAUGAAAAGUCAAGAUUCAGAGCCAUGAUCGAAGCCUCAGAAAACCAAAGCAGAUAAUAGACACUGGAGAAGAACUCUGGAUAUGAGCGAUGACAAACACAAAAUAUCCAGGAGACACAAAAAAAAAAAACGUGAAAAUAAAUCCUGCCAUGGUGUGAAAGUGUUGAGCAAUACAGAGGCUGCUCUGUUUAACAAUAUCUGUUUAUUUCCAAACCAAAGAACAAGGGACCACAUUUCUUAACAACACAUAAAACCAUACUAUGCAAACAGAAACAUACCAGCCUCCUGCUCUUUGCCGCUCUGUCACAGAAGUUAUCACCUGGAGACAAAGCAGUUAGCUGCAGGUGAAACAGAGCAAUGACUCUGACAAUAGCACUUUAUAUUUCAUGUGGACACAUGGAAGGAUGUGAUGCUUCCUCUUACUGUGGAGGUCAGUUACUCAGUGGGCCUCUGAGUUAGUUUACGCUAUUUUAUUUCCAUAUCUAAGAUAUUCAUGGUGCAGGAAAUUAUUAAUAGCUUACAAAUGAGAAGUGAGUUUUUAUUACCCAAUGCAGAUUAUUUUAAAUGAUCACCUACUAACCAUUCCUUCUGUAGGAUGUACUGUCGAUAACAUGCUUAAAAGGUUUUACUGUUCUGAUUUUUCAUGCACCUAGUUAAAUGUUUUAAUGCAGUAAUUUCAGGAAAUGAUUGCCGAUGCAAUAUGUGCCUAGAGCUAUAUACCUUUCAGGACAUUUAAUGGAGUUAGCCAUGUAAGCAUGCUUUUUAGACUGCAUGCAGGUAUGUGUUUUGGAGUGAGUUAAUGUUUCCUCUUAAUCCAAAUGCUGGAGUUUAAAAUCUGCACAUUUUACGCUAAUGGUAAUCUUUUUACCGGCAAUGUAAUCCUUGUGACAAUAAAAAAAAAAGGUGGGGUUGCAGUAAAGGUUGCAAACCUUGGAACAAAAUGCAUAAUGUGCAACAAAGAUAAAAAUGAGAAACAUCAGGAUGUGUCUUCAAAUGUUGUGUUUUUCUACAAAGCUGGGGAUUGUAAACUUCUGCCUUAUAAUCAAGUACGUGCUGAACAAUCAUGAAUCCUGCAAUAUCUUUUUAUUGCAUUAAUAUAUUUUUUCAAGAUUGCCUUUGGACACUUGAGAUUUAAAUAUUGCAAUGUUCUUUUUUAAAUGUUUAAUUUGUCAUAAAGGGUCUGGUUUUUCAAUAAAAACUGUUUUCUAAAUA